GAAAAUUGCGCCAUGUUUUAGUUCACGAGUGGAUUGUUUUCUGAAAGUGGUAUAUGAGAGAAAUCUUUUCUGAAUAGCCUAGUUUUAUGAGAUUGCCAAAAAAAAAGUUAAAAGAAGUUGCACGUGUGCAUGAUACAUAGGUCAAAGGAAAAUAGUGAAAUAAAGAGAAAUUAUUGACAGUCUCGAAUUAAUCUCUUCGUCUUUUUAAUUCAUCGUGCGUAAAUUUUAUGCGCCAGUUUAAUACGUGCGGAUCGAACUGUUUAAAUAUUUCAGUAUGGUUUUGGUAAACAAAAUGUCGGUAGAUAGUCUCAGUGAUGCAGAAUUACGUAGUAAGCUUAUGGAAUAUGGAUACCCGGUAGGCCCUGUAACACAGACAACCAGAAAAAUACUUGUUAAAAAAUUAAAGAAUCUUAUAGAAACUCGAGGUCUUGCUGCAACGCGUCAUUCAUUAGCUGCCAGAUAUAGCAGCGACGAAACCGACGAGGAUACGACCUCGACUGUGGUUAAAAGAAAGAAAUCAGGUUCGAGUACGCGUCGUCAGACUUUGGCCAAUCCUAUGCCACCGCCAUCUUCCGCAGUACCUGUAUCUUCCGAAUCUAAAAGUUUGAUCAAAGAUCCUAAUGUAGAAAUAGUUGAUAAUAUUAUACCUGAGUCGGUUGCUGGUCCAACGUUUACCAAUCGUACUAUUACAAAUAUACAAAAGAAACAUACAAAAAUUUAUAACUCGGCUAAUCUAUCGGAUGGCUUAGAAACUGGUUCAGAUUCAGAUGUUAGAGAAGAUACUAGGUCGACGUACUCGCAGUCUAGAUAUUUGACUAAUGUUGAAAAACUGUACGUUUCUAAACCGCAUACCGAACAUAUGAUUGGCGAUGAUCAAUCUACAAAAUCAUAUGAAUCAAUGUCAAGACCGGUACAUACUCUUAAAGAUAAUAAAUAUGUUGAGCCUGCUUUUAAAAGUUAUACUACAUUUAUGCCAUCAACUAAAGAAGAUGCAACCGGAAGAGAUACAAGAGAUUUGCUUUCAAAUUAUGAGACUCCAUUUUUAUCAGAAUUUACAAGAAGACUCAGUUCAAGAACAUCAUUGGAUCCUUCUACGUCGUCUUUAUCUACGUUAAGCAGUCCUACGAUAAGACAUACAUCGUCCGUUAUACCAGAAACUAGAGAGAAGGAUUCUAAUGGUCAUUUUUCCUCAUUAAGAUCUUUGUACACUACUUCAACUUCGAGACCCGUUGUUACAACUACUGAUAGAUCUCGCAAUACUAUUGGUAAAACAUUCAAGUCUACCUCUAAUAAGGAAGAAUCACGGAACAAUCAAAAUAUGGUUUCGGUGAUACUGGUGGUAGUACUUGCUUCAUUUUUUGGAAUUCUGGCGAUAAUAUACUUGGGGCUUGGUGGUAAAGGUGAAACCUUCCCAUCAUUGUCAAUGGAUAGUGAUAUACCGCUCUGUUUUAUGGGAACACCUGAUCUCAAAGCACCUGGAGUUAAUUGUGUAAUGAAAGAAAAUGUAGAAUCUGUAUUACAAUUGUUAAAACGACUCCAACCAAUUUUAUUGAAGAAGGCAAUAUCGGUGCUGUGCGACAAUUCGAGCGAUAUACCAUAUCUAACAGACACUGAAAUUAUGGAUAUGUUUGCAAACAGUAAAGUGACACCUCUAGAAGUGAAAGAAGAUUUACAAAAUGCACAACUUCUUAUUAUUAGGAAUCCUCAAUGGGGUAUUUCACUCAUUGACGUAAGCGAUGGCGAUAAGGCAUCCGGAGAAGUAUUGAAUUCGUUGGAUAGUAUAUUCCCAGCACGUAUGAAUGGAAAAAUAGGGAUGGUCAUACUGAAUCCAGAACUGCCAUUGCAGUGUCAUAUAAAGAAUAAGUUAUUCACCAUUUUUUCAACUCUCCUGAUAAUCUCCCUUGGCCUUUUAGCUGUUAUUGGGACGCAGAAACUAUUCGUUUGGUAUAAAAGAUACCAAAAAUCCGUGGAAAGAGAAGUAUUUAAGCUAGUUAGCGAAAUCAUUAAUGUGGUUGAACAGCAUCAUCAAAAUGCAGGACUGUCACCUUCUGGUUCAACGCAAGAUAUUUUUCUUGCGAUAAAUCAUGUCCGGGAUAAUCUAAUUUUACCAAAAGAUCGUAAAAGGAUGGCUGGGUUAUGGGAAAAAGCUGUUAGAUUCUUGGACGAGAACGAAUCUAGAAUUCGAAGAGAAGUGCAACAAGUUGCCGGAGAAGAAUUUCACGUGUGGCGUUGGUUACCUAAUAAUACUCUAAACAAGUCUAACGCGCAAAGUCCUUCAUUGAAUAAAAAGUCAAAAGUUUGGCAGGGACAAGCAUUUGAAACUAUGGAAGGAUCGGUUAAUAGUUUAACAUGUUCACCGACACCCUGCUUAAAGAUAAGACAUAUGUUCGAUCCAGAUGCCGAGAAUGACGACAAUUGGGAGAUCAAAAUACAAGAUGCCAUUUUAGAAAAGUGUGGAGAGGGAGUGAAAAUACUUCAUAUUCGAGUGGAUCGUGGGAGCCGAGAAGGUUGCGUUUACAUGAAGUGUAUAUCGCAAGAAGAUGCUGGAAAAGCUUACAGAGCGUUACAUGGCUGGUGGUUUGACGGUCAUUUAGUUACGGUCAAAUAUUUACGACUCGAACGAUAUUAUGAAAGAUUUCCAGAUGCGGUGCAUUGCACGACACCUUUAAAGCCAAGUAACAAUAAACGGUUGUCUAUGCAGGCACAUUAUUGGCAAAGUCCAUUAGAAUCUAAUUAAUAAACACUGUGUAAUUGCUCAUCAUAUCCUAAAAAGAAAAAAAAAGAAGAAGAAAAAAAAAAGAAUUGAAUUUAUUUUAUAUAGUCAUUUGUAUCUGAGAUCUAUUGAUAUAUUUUUUAUGUUUCGCUAUAAUCUCAUAGCAAUACGAUGCGAAAUGA